AUGGAAGAGGCACAAGCUGAAAUCCGCCGUCUUGUUGACGUAGAAUUCCCAGAUGGCGUCACAGACAUCGAAAUCUACCCCUCUGACUUCUCCUCGGAUGAGGAUAUCAGUGUCGCUCCAGGAAGCUUUUACAUCACCAUUGGUUUCGGCAAUGUUGGGAUUCCCAAAAUGGCGAAGCGUCAAUGGAACCCUCAACAAGGGUUUCACUACGUGCUUCAAGACCCUCCUGCCCCCGCGAUGUCGGCUGAGGAUACCACCUGGGACGAAGAAAGACGCGAAAAGGAAAAAGCGAAGAUCAAGGAGGGUGAAACAGGUGUUGACAACGUCAUCUUGGAGCUCAAGAGCGAUGUCAAGAAUGAAAAGCAACCGACGAAUUAUAGGGUGAACGUUCAGUUCGGUUCAAGCCCCCAGAAUCAGGUGUCUUUGCAAGUAGACAGUGGUUCAAGUAUCCUUUGGGCACAGAGUAGAAUUCAAGUCGGCCAAGAUGUUCCACCUGGUCGAUCAGUCGUGGAUCUCACCAUUGAGGACGCCGCCAGAUUCCAAGAAGGUUCCAAAGCGUACGAGAUUCUCUACGGAGGAGGCAAAAAGGUUGCGUUUUCCUUGUUUGAAGCCACCGUCAGCAUCGGAGGAUUGAAGACGCCCCAAGUCUUUGGAGCCGCCAGAAUUGCGGCCCAAGAAAAUCUCCUACCUCUGGGGAUUCUGGGACUAGGCUUUUCUGCGGAUAACUCACCCAUUCCGUUCCAUCGGACACUAGUAGUUCAUCUGAUGGAAAGUGGUAUGAUCAAAAGAGCGUCCUUCGCACUUAUUGGACCUCGUUCUGAACCAGCUGAUUCCAUCCGGGCUGAUGGUGAGAAAAUUCGAGAUCGAGGCUGGCUUGUGAUCGGGAACCUACCAGAUUCGUAUCAUAAUGGUAUAACUUGGUGUCCUGCACUUGCAGACAAGUAUCGAGCUUGGGUGAUCCGUCUCAACAAGGUCACUGUCAACGGUGUGGUGAUUUGCGAGGACCAACUGGCUCUUGUUGACACGGGUAGCUCAUAUUUGACAACCACUGAAGACAACUGUCGUGAGAUAGCAAAGGUGAUCCAGGGUAAAGCCGGUAACCGCAUCGUGACCUAUCCAAGUGGCGGUCUCAAUGAUUUCUCUUUCACAUUUGGCGAUGCAGCCGGAGAGGCCACUUUCGGACUCAACAAAGAGGACUUAUCGUUGGGUCCAGUAUCUGGGUCUGCGGAUAACUUCUUGAGAAGUCCCAUCACGUACAUGAGCUUUGGAACCAAGAAGUAUAAUUGGGUUCUGGGUGGCAUCUUCAUUGACAACAUGAUCACUAUCUACGACUAUACAGGAGAACCCCGAGUUGGAUUUGCGUCGCGGUCUAACGUGGACCCAGUCAUUACAAAGGUUUAA